AAAAAACAAUUCAAAGUAAACGGUGGUAUUGACAAAGCUAAUCCCUUAAAAUGAGUAUUUACAAUAAAGAUGAACUAGUACCUCCCUCCUGGAUAGAUCAAGUAUUUUUUGAAAAAGUUCUAAAACAAUAUGAAAAUAAUAAUGAUAUUAGAAUAACAAAUAUAGCCAUAAGUCCGGCUAGUAUGAAAGGAGAUCAUUAUGCCAGUAUUAUGUUUAGAUGUAAAGUAACAUAUUGCAGGGAUAAUUCGGGAAAUGUUAAGGAAAAAUCGUUGAUUUUAAAAACUUUACCCAUAGAAGAUGGUCCGAAACGUGAUAUGUUAAAAGAAUCAAAUUUAUUUGAAACUGAAAUUAAUAUGUAUACUGAAGCUUUGCCAAAGAUAGAGAAAAUUUUAGCAGAUUGUGGAGAGCCCACUAAAUUGGCGGCAGAAAUCAUCUACUACUCUCUCAAACCGCAUAAAGUAAUCAUUUUCGAAGAUCUCUGCGAACAUGGUUAUGAUGCAUUACGUAAUCGUUAUCUAGAAGAAGAUGAAAUCAAAAUGAUUUAUCGUAAAAUUGCAAAAUUGCAUGGAGUCAGCUAUAUGUUGGGUCGUACGGCGGAACAUGAAUGUGUAACUAAAUACGAAGAAGGUAUUUUUUGCAAUUCCACUAUAAUGGCCAUGGAUAUAAUGUCGAGAGGCAUAAAGAAUUUCAUAGAUUUACUAAGACAACACAAAGAAUUUGAAAUAUAUUUGGAAAAGAUCAAUGAAAUGGAACCGGAAAUAAAUCAAAACUGCAAAGAUCUCUAUAAUGCCUACAAACUAAAGAAAAAUCCAAACGAUAUAUUUGUUUUAAAUCAUGGUGAUUUUCAUAUGAAAAAUCUUAUGUUUAAAUUUAAUGACAAAAAACAAAUCGAAGAUGUUAUCAUGGUGGAUUAUCAGAUUAGUUGUUAUGCCCCUUCUAAUAUUGAUUUGACUUAUUCGCAAUAUAUGUUACUGAGUCCGGAAUUACGUUUAAGACGUAACGAAAUUAUGCAUUAUUAUUUUGAGGAAUUUUUAAGUGUCUUAAAGAAAAUUAAAUUCCAGGGUACAUUACCUCGUUAUUCAGAUUUUCAAAUAUCAAGUCUUAAAUAUAGACAUUUUUCGGUUUAUUUGUUGGUUACAAUUUUCCCUUAUGUACGUGCCAUAUUGGUUCAAUCUCCGGAUCAGCUUAAAGAUGUUGAAACCGCUCAGUUUGUUGAAAAUCCAGAAAUGGCUGCUACUGUCUAUCAGGAUCCGGAGUUUAUAGAUGAACUACGUCGUUUAUUGCCGCGCUUGUUAAUUGAUGGUUAUUUGGAUUAAACAAAAGUUGUAUUUAUAAAAUAUGGAAAUAGUUGUUUCAAUUAAUAUUUAUAAGAUUUUUUUGGAGAUCUUUUAGAUCUAUCGAAAUAAAAUCUUUAAAUAAAUUCUUAAAAUUGUAUAAAAACAAGGAUUAUCAGA